GGAAAUCUGUUGUUUCUAAAUACUCAAAUACAUAUUUAUAACUUAUUUAACUAUGUCCAUUUAUGAAAUGCUCAAAUGAGGUUUUGAUAUGGUAGAAAGUGGUAGAACGAGACAGGGUCGUGUUGAUGUUAUCCCGCCUCCCCGUGGUAUAUUCGAUAUUAGAGCGGAUUCACUAACACCGAAGGUACUAUAUCUAGCAUCCGGAGUUGAUGAGCAUGGUAAAGUCAAUUCAGCGUUUGUUUGUGUCGUGGAAAAACACCUCUCUUAUAGUUAUUUAGGAGAUAUAGAUAAGAUUGAAGAAGAUAUAGGUUAUGGCACCUGUCAAACUAAUGAUUUUGUGAAGACCAUAUUUUGGAAUAACUCACCUGACUUACAGUUAGAUGAACAAGCAGCUGUAGAUGCUUCAUGGGCUGCAGAAUCCAUCGACGUUGCGAAGGAUCUGAAAAGAUUCGUUACAUCUGAUAACGUAUUCAACCUUCCUUUUGACCAAGCAGUUGCAAACGUUAAUAGAUUUACGACCUCGCCGCAUAAAAUAAGAACGUUAGAUCUGGCGGCUGGUGUUGGAGGUAACCUUGUAUACUUUGGACUGAAUUCGGACUUAACAGUUGGGGUUGAAUUGAAUCCUGAUCGAGUGUCCAUUUGCAAAAACAACGUCAAUGUAUUUGGUUUGCAAAAUACUCAUGUCGUAGAACAGGACUUGUUUGAUUAUAUAAAACAAUUUGCCGAUGAUCCGCUGGAUAAGGCCAAAGAAAUAGGUGUGGAGGAAUAUUUCCACCAAUCGCAACAAUAUGACAUUGUUCAUAUAUCUCCACCUUGGGGAGGGAAGAGCUACAUGGGCUCCAUAAAAGAUGAGAUAUUCAAACUACAGGGAAUAUUUGACAUAGAGAGUGCCAUGCACGGCAUGUCAAGAAUAGGUAAUAUAGUAACCAUAUAUCUUCCUAGAUCGCAAAGUCUAAAUGAAUUAGUGAGAUUAGCUGGUAUUGGGAAUUAUCCGAUCAUUAUAAUAACGGCAUACCGUUUACCAAAGAAAGUAAGGUGCAUACACGCCCAUUUCGUCAAAGACGUGGAAUAUCUAAAAUAUGUGGAAAUUCACCAUAUGGAGCGAACUCACGUAUCGUACAAGCAAGUUGCUACCGCACUUAAUACCCUUAUACAUUCAACUCCAUAUCAAUCGAGUAACGUUAACAUGGCUUCGGAAAUGCACAUGAACUACGUAUUGCACGCUAUAAUGAAGUAUAUCGACGAAAAAACGCCAGCUGUGGCAAUGAAGAUUUACAAUCUUUUGGGACAUAUGCCUUUGGGGGAUAUUCUAUCUCUGGCAAAUGAAGCUAAGGAGAUACAGCUUGCUGGAGGUAUGACCAAACUUAACUCCGAAGAAAAAAGGACCACCGGUGGUAUAUUUUUCCACCUACUGAAAUCGCAAAACAGACAACUUUACAAAUUGGUAGAAUCGCUAUCAAGCACUAAGUAAA